GCUAAUCGUUUAGUCCCUCCGAGGCUUCCGUAGUCCAUCCGGCCCAUCCUGCUCGAUCUCUCCAGAAAGUUCCACGCUGAAGAGCAGCUAUAAGGACCAGCCAUCUUCCUGCACCCCGGCUUUACUUCAUACCGACGUGACAGGACAGUUAGACCACAAGCUGUCAUCAUGGUUCGCGAAACUGGUUACUACGACCUUCUUGGUGUCGGACCCAAAGCGUCUGCAGAUGAAAUAAAGAAAGCCUACAGAAAAUUGGCAUUGAAAUACCACCCGGACAAAAACCCCAAUGAGGGAGAGAAGUUCAAGCUUAUAUCCCAAGCAUAUGAUGUGCUUUCGGAUCCAAAAAAGAGGGAUCUGUACGACCAAGGUGGGGAGCAAGCGAUUAAAGAAGGUGGCAUGACUGGAGGUUCAUCCCCCAUGGACAUCUUUAAUAUGUUUUUUGGAGGCGGAGGGAGGAUGCAAAGAGAGAGGAGAGGGAAGAACAUUGUCCAUCAGUUGAGUGUUACGCUGGAGGACAUGUACAAUGGCUCCACAAGGAAGCUGGCACUUCAGAAGAAUGUCAUAUGUGAAAAGUGUGAAGGUUACGGUGGUAAGAAAGGUGCAUUGGAGAAAUGCUUGAGCUGUAAAGGAAGAGGAGUGCAGAUCAAGGUGCAGCAGAUAGGGCCAGGCAUGAUUCAGCAGAUUCAGAGCAUGUGUGGAGAUUGUCACGGGCAGGGCGAGUCGUUCAGCUCAAAGGACCGCUGCAAGAAUUGCAACGGGCACAAAGUGGAACGAAAGAAGAAAAUUCUUGAGGUCCAUAUUGACAAAGGUAUGAGAGACGGUCAGAAAAUUACAUUUCAUGGGGAAGGUGACCAGGAGCCUGACUUGGAGCCUGGUGAUGUCAUCAUCGUGUUGGACCAGAAGGAUCACAGCCUUUUCAAACGAAGUGACGAUAACCUCACGAUGACGAUGAGCAUCAAACUCGUGGAGGCCUUGUGCGGCUUCAAGAAGGCCAUCAACACUCUCGACGACAGAACACUCCUCAUGAGCUCACUCCCAGGUGAAGUUAUAAAGAACAAUGACACAAAGGUGAUACAGAACGAAGGCAUGCCAGUUUACCGUAGUCCUUACGAAAAGGGACAACUCUUCGUACAGUUCCAGGUGGAGUUUCCAGAAAAACACUGGCUUCCAGAACAUCUCAUGUUCCAGCUCGAAAGGCUGCUGCCCCCCAGGGAGGACGUUUUGAUCGCUGACGACAUGGAGGAGGUGGAGCUCUGCGAGGUAGAUGAGCGGACACGCCAGCGGAAUUACGGCGAAGCUUACGAUGAAGAUGAGGAGGGUCCCAGAGGUGGGGUGCAGUGCCAGACACAGUAAUCUGCCACACUGCGGACAAAUUGCAUAACCUGGGCUCCAGUGGUUUUGUCACCAUAGCACCCAGCCCUAGUUUAAAGAUUGUUCCAGGAGCUAUUAAAAUGGAAACGGAUGACUUGACAGCCAAGUGGUAUAGUUCAGUUCAGAAAAGGCUGAUCUGGCUUUUUUUGCUUCACCAAUUCAUUCCACAUGGGGUGCAGACAGAAAUGACAUUGAAUCCCAUCUCGGGCAUAAGGGCCCGAGGCCCGCCGCACACCGAGAAGAGCAACUAAAUGCAACAGACCAGUUGUGCAACGUCCGUGGGGUUCUUCAAUCCCUUUUCAUAAAACGCCGACAAUUUUCAAACAGUUGUAAUUCUAAAGCUGCACUGCUAGUGAAUGGUGUUGUAAUGUAACAGCCAGUCAAAAUCUUCAGUGUGUCAUGAUUUGGUUCACAAAAAAAUUCAGUACCGAAGCAUCCAAAAUGUUUGACUAUACUUUAUGAUUUCAGAUGUACUUGUGACUAAAAAGUAAAGCCUGGAGAAUGUCACUGAAAUGCCCAAGUUGUCAACCGAUAGGACAAUCAUUGCCAACAGCCUGUGAAAUCUCCACACGUUUGCCUUAAGUUUCCGCUUCGUAUUGUUAACCCAUUCAUGGGCAGGGUGGCAAUUUUUUGCCUUAUUUGGAUAAAAGUCUCCUAAGAGGCCACAAUCAAGGAAAUACUUUUUCGUUUAACUCGUAAGACAAAGGGCAAAAAAGAUGUACCCUCUCGCGGGCAGCGUCCCAAAACUGGGACAGGUAUAUUAUCAGUUCCGUGAAGUGGUACAUACUAGAGAUAUGUUUAUUAAUUCUUAUUCUAGAAUGACACGCAUUAAUAAUACUGACGGAUUAGCAUUUUGAAGACAAACUUGGUUGCAUACUGACCUUUCUCCCUUUCUUUUGGAAAUUGCUCCAUGUGUACUUGAGGCAGCCAUGUUGGGUCAGGAAGGAAAGGGAAAUAACUCCGUGCUCACUUUGACCGAUAAGUUAUCCUCUCCUGAUACCAAAUUUUGGUUUCAGAUUAAAACACUUAAAUAUUUUGAUACACUGAAGGAUAUAAUGUGUGAAAAUCAUGAUGUCCCAAAAAUGGGACGCUGCCCACGAAUUGGUUACUGCAGAUAGUCAUUCACUUUUCCCUUCACAACCGUGCAAAGGUGGCAGUUUUUGUUUCAUCUUUUUGACAACUGUAAUUUGUAAUUGUUCAGUUGCAUUUGGUCACAUCACUUGGUGUGCGGUGGAUGUAAAAAAAAAAAAAAAAAAAAAAAAAAAAAAAAAAAUUCCAUCAUAUUUCACUCAAGCUUUAAUUAUGUGGCAUUGCACCCACGAUUAUUCUACAACUGGAGAUUGGAGUCAAAGGAUUUUGAAAGGUGGCUGUUGGCCAGAAAUGAAUAUAUCCUGAGCUGUACUGCUUGGCGCUUUUAACAUUUUUUUCAGAUAUGGUUAUGCAAGUUUGUUUCUGUCAUACGUACUUGUUUCUGGUAUUUUCUAUAUGUAACAAUUUCCUGGACACAUCUAGAAUUUUAGAAGACUUCUUGUAUGCUUUCUGUGAAGGUCGAUUUCAGUCAUAGCAACAAAAAAAACGUUUUAUCAAUAAAAUUCCCAGUGUGCUUAA